AUGCCGGAGCGCGGCCCGGCGGCGCGGCGGCGCUGCGGGAGGAGGAUGGCGGGGCUGGCGUGGAAGUGGCCGCGCACCCGCCUGCCCGUGGGGGCCAGCGCCCUGGGCGUCUUCGUCCUCUGCUGGCUCUACGUCUUCCCCGUCUACCGGCUGCCCGACGAGAAGGAGAUCGUGCAGGGGGUGCUGCUGCAGCAGGGCAAGGCGUGGAGGAGGAACCAGACUGCGGUCGCCCUGUUCAGGAAACUGCUGGAAGAAUGCUGUGACCCUGGGCAGCUCUUUGCUAUGACAAAGCUGAACUCCCCGAUGGGAAAGAACCUCUGGUUUGACGGGGAAUUUUUAUAUUCUUUCACUAUUGACAAUGCAACUUACUCUCUCUUCCCACAGGCUACGCCCUUCCAGCUGCCACUGAAGAAAUGCUCCGUGGUGGGAAACGGUGGGAUCCUGAAAAAGAGCGGCUGCGGCAAACAAAUAGAUCAAGCAGAUUUUGUCAUGCGGUGCAACCUUCCUCCUCUAUCCAGUGAAUACAGCAAGGACGUUGGAUCGAAAACUCAGCUGGUGACUGCAAAUCCCAGUAUAAUUCAGAAAAGGUUCCAGAAUCUGCUGUGGUCUCGAAAAGCAUUUGUGGACAGCGUGAAGGUGUAUAACCACAGCUACAUCUACAUGCCAGCCUUCUCGAUGAAGACGGGGACAGGACCUUCCCUACGCGUCUAUUACACCCUGGAGGACUUCGGCGCCAAGCAGGCGGUCCUUUUCGCCAACCCAAAUUUCCUGCGUGACAUUGGCAAGUUCUGGAAGAGCAAAGGUAUCCAUGCCAAACGCCUUUCCACAGGACUUUUCCUAGUCAGUGCCGCCCUUGGUCUGUGUGAAGAAGUAACGAUUUAUGGCUUCUGGCCUUUCUCGGUGGACCUGCACGGGAAGUUUAUUAGCCAUCAUUACUAUGACAAUGUCUUGCCCGAUUCUGGAUUCCACGCCAUGCCAGAGGAAUUUCUACAGCUCUGGUUUCUUCAUAAAAAUGGUGUACUGAGAAUGCAGCUAGAACCAUGUGAGGACCCUUUAAUCCAGUCUUCUGCCUGAGGAUCGUAGGAGUUGGUUUGGGAGAUCCAAUAGUUUUUAA